AUGAAUAGCAGCGAUCACAUCCGAGUGGAAUCUCCCGCAGACUUCCAUUGCCAUCUUAGACAGGGCGACAUGGCUAGCCUCGUCACUCCGCUUGUACCCGCUGGCGGCGUUGAAACGUGCUUGGUGAUGCCAAACACACAGCCACCAAUUACCAGCACCGAUAUGGCUGUUAAUUACCGCUCACAGCUCGAAUCACUAGCACCGGAAGUGCAAUUCGUCAUGACUCUCUACUUAUCACCCGCACUUACACCAGAAGAGAUACACAAAGCAGCUGAAAAUGGUGUUACAGGCGUCAAGAGCUACCCACGCGGUGUGACUACAAAUUCAGACGGCGGGAUCGAAUCAUACGAUGUGUAUUACCCUGUAUUCCAAGCUAUGCAAGAUACAGGCAUGGUUUUGAACCUACACGGCGAAGUUCCCUCAGAUGAAGCCACAGGCGUGACCAUCCUCAAUGCCGAGCAACGUUUCCUUCCACAGCUGGACAAACUCGCUCACUCCUUCCCUAAUCUCCGCAUAGUCGUUGAGCACGCCACUACAAAGGCUGCCGUCGAAAAGGUAAAAUCCCUCCCCUCAAACGUUGGCUGUUCGAUAACACCGCACCAUCUCGAGCUCAUCGUCGAUGACUGGGCAGGCCAGGGCUUUAACUACUGCAAGCCCGUAGCAAAGUAUUGGGAAGACCGGGCAGCGUUGCGGGACGUUAUAAGAGAGGGUCAUCCACGCUUCUUCUUGGGAUCAGACUCAGCGCCACAUCCACGCGCGAACAAAAUUAACAAGGCGCCAAGGCUGGAUGAGCACUUGGAAGCUGUACCUGCGUGUGCUUGCGCAGCUGGUUUGUUCACGUCAGCCAUACUCAUUCCGCUGUGCGCCCACCUUUUGGAGUCAUUCGGCGCGCUCGAUAAGCUUGAAGGUUUUGUGAGUAAGAACGGCAGGGCAUUUUACAAUAUAGCCCCCAAGACGGAUAAAGCGGUGACGCUGGUGAAGCAAGACACAACGGUUCCUGUCGAGUACACGAAAAGCAAUGGGGAAGGUGACAGCGUAGUUGUACCAUUCAUGGCAGGGAAGACAAUAAAGUGGCAGCUGUUGUAG